GUUCGGAGCUGGUCCGUAAUAGUCUGUUGACACUACUCUACGCAGAGCCUCGCUCGAACGACGAGUCGCCGCUUGGCACAGUGACUCGCGAUCAUAUAUUAAGCAGGCGUUUCCGUGCGGCAAGCCGAAUCCUCUUUUUGGCCAAUCUAUCAUGGACGCAAACGGCAAUAUCAUUAUUCAAAACGACCUGACUCUCAAUCUUCCUAAUGAGCUUCUCGUCCACAUAUUUUCUUACUACCCGGCAUCUGAUGACCAGAAGAUCAUCAAGACGAAGUCACCGAAGGACCCUGUAGAACGUGACCGUCCUCCCUUUUGGUCCGCGAUCACCCAUGUCUGCAGACGGUGGCGCGAUGUAGCAAUCGGAACCCCGUGUCUUUGGUCGAAUGUCGUUCUCACCAAUGAAUCCUGUGUCGAAGAGAUGGUCAGACGGUCACGGGAUCUCCCACUCACUAUCAAACCAACGAAGACCUUUUACGAACCUAACUGGGGUCCUGUAUCCCAGGCGCUUCGACAUAUUCAUCGCACAGCUCACCUCGAGUUGAUUAUAAUUGCCGAUGAGAUGCCGUUCAUCGCACCCUUCCUGACGGAAAACCCUGCGCCCGUACUCGAAUCGCUUUCUCUCAGCGUCCUCGGCUCUCGCCCACACCACACGGCCCCUUCGACUUGGUUCUGCGAUCAAGUGGCACGCUUGUCCAAACUUACCGUUCGCAUGCUCAAACUGCCACCGUCGGCGAACAUUCUACACGCUGGGAUCACCCAUCUCUCCUUCCAUUAUCUCGACCAUUUUACCGUUACGGAGUUCUUCGACACUCUCGAGCGGAUGCAAAACCUC